GCCGGCCGGGCUCCCUGCGCCACCGCGCCGCCCGCGGCGAGCCCCGAGCAGCAGCAGCAGCAGCGGCGGCGGCAGCAGCAGCGGCAGCGGCGGCAGCAGCAGCCGCCGAGGCCGGGCGUGCGCCUGAGGCGGCGGCGGCGGCCCUGCGGGCGGCCGGGAGGGGCGGGGGCAGCGGCCGCCGCCGUUUGAUGGAUCCGAGGAUCGCCUGGUUCCAGCCAGAGCAGCUCGGACCGUCCAACAGUCUGUGGAUGCAGAUCUGGGAGACGACCCAGGGGCUGAGGAACCUCUACUUCAACCACCACUGUCACAGCAGCGGCGGCGCGAGCGGCGGCGGCGGCGGCGGCAGCAGCACGGCCACCGGCGGGAGCGGCAGCAGCACCGGCAGCCCCAGCGGCGCGGCCUCGGCCCCGGCCCCGGCCGGCAUGUACCGCUCCGGGGAGCGCCUGCUGGGCGGCCACGCGCUGCCCGCCGAGCAGCGGGACUUCCUGCCCCUGGAGACGACCAACAACAACAACAACCACCACCAGCCCGCGGCCUGGGCCCGCCGGGCGGCCGCGGGCCCCUCGGCGUCCACGUCCCCGUCCCCGGCCUCGUCCCCGCACCCCUCGGCCGCCGUGUCCGCCGCCGAGCCCAGCGACCCGGCCUCGGGCAGCAGCAACAAGAGGAAGCGCGACAACAAGGCCAGCACCUACGGACUCAACUACAGCCUGCUGCAGCCCAGCGGCGGCCGGGCCUCGGGGGGCGGCCGGGCCGACGGCGGCGGGGGCGUGUACAGCGGGACCCCGUGGAAGCGGAGGAACUACAACCAGGGGGUCGUGGGUCUGCAUGAAGAAAUCAGUGAUUUUUAUGAGUACAUGUCUCCAAGACCCGAGGAGGAGAAGAUGCGUAUGGAGGUGGUGAACAGAAUUGAGAGUGUGAUUAAGGAGCUCUGGCCGAGUGCUGACGUCCAGAUAUUUGGAAGUUUUAAAACAGGCCUGUAUCUACCCACUAGUGACAUCGACCUCGUGGUGUUUGGGAAGUGGGAAAACCUGCCCCUGUGGACCCUGGAAGAGGCUCUCCGGAAGCACAAAGUUGCGGAUGAGGAUUCCGUGAAAGUUCUAGACAAAGCCACCGUACCUAUUAUUAAAUUAACAGAUUCUUUCACCGAAGUGAAAGUUGAUAUCAGCUUUAAUGUGCAGAAUGGUGUGAGAGCCGCAGACCUCAUCAAAGAUUUUACCAAGAAAUAUCCCGUAUUACCCUACUUGGUUUUAGUACUGAAGCAAUUCUUACUCCAGAGGGAUCUUAAUGAAGUCUUCACAGGUGGAAUUGGGUCUUAUAGUCUCUUUUUAAUGGCGGUCAGUUUCCUUCAGUUACAUCCCAGGGAAGAUGCUUGCAUCCCCAAUACAAACUAUGGUGUUCUCUUAAUAGAAUUUUUUGAAUUAUACGGACGACACUUCAAUUAUUUAAAGACCGGCAUCCGGAUAAAGGAUGGUGGGUCAUAUGUGGCCAAAGAUGAAGUACAGAAAAAUAUGCUGGAUGGCUACCGGCCGUCAAUGCUGUAUAUUGAGGAUCCUUUACAACCAGGUAAUGAUGUUGGCAGGAGUUCAUACGGGGCCAUGCAAGUGAAACAGGCCUUCGAUUAUGCCUACGUGGUUUUGAGUCAUGCUGUAUCGCCAAUAGCAAAGUACUAUCCCAACAACGAAACAGAGAGCAUAUUGGGUAGAAUAAUUCGAGUAACGGACGAAGUCGCCACGUAUAGAGAUUGGAUCUCCAAGCAGUGGGGCUUGCAGAACAGGCCUGAGCCCUCGUGCAAUGGAAAUGGCGUGACGUUGAUCGUAGACAGUCAGCAGCUAGAUAAGUGUAACAAUAAUCUGGCUGAAGACAAUGACCCCCUCGGGAAAUGCCGAAGUAAGACUUCGGAGUCUCUCAGCAAACACUCCUCCAACUCCUCCUCGGGCCCAGUGUCGUCCUCUUCCGCCACACAGUCCAGCUCCAGUGAUGUUGAUUCUGAUGCGACACCCUGCAAAACCCCGAAGCAGCUGCUCUGCCGCCCAUCCCCUGGGACCCGGGUAGGGUCACAAGAUGUGUCCUUGGAGCCGUCACAGCCAGCUGGGAAGACACAAAGCACCCAGACCACUAACACGCCCAGCAGCACCAACAAAUCGCAGCAUGGAGCAGGAAGGCUCUUUCGUUCCUCCAGCAAAGGCUUUCAAGCAUUGCCUUCUAUGUUGAGAAGUGUGGACUCGUGCGAGGUGCUGGAGGUUUGAUUCGCCUUGAGAACUUUCCAAGUCUUGUCUAGUUACCGCUGCUGAGGGAGGCACUAAGGAAUUUGCCCAGACACAGAUUUAAUACAAACCGUCCAUGAGAUCUCACCGUGGCCCCCAGCGCCUGGCACUGGGCACUGCUUUGGAUAGCUAUGCGUGAAUUGCACACCUGCAGAAAAAAAUUUUUUCAAGUUAACGACACUUGGUCUUCAAAAAUGUUCACUGUCUGCCUUGAGAUUUUUAUACAUCGUAUUUCUAUGCACACCUGCCCCCAGUGCUUACUGCCGCUGGGUUUAUUAUUGCG